AUGGCUUGCCUACUCUUUUACUUCUCGUUUCUCCUACUCCCAUUCAUCCCUCUGAUCUCAUCAGAUGAUAUCUUGUCCUCCUAUGUGGCGCUCAGGGAGUCUGUGGAACUCCCGUGCCCUGAACCACCUACCUUGUAUGGAGAUGAGAUGUUAUCGUGGUUCCGAAGCCCCGUGUCUGGAGCCCCUACUAUCCCAGUGAUCCGUGUCCAAGUGACCAAGAGGGGAAACGAAGCUAGGAAGAUCUUGAAGGAAGUCAGGCUAAGUCUGCUGGGGAAUAAUUCCCUGUGGCUAGAAGGGGCUAAGGAAGAAGAUGCAGGACGGUACUGGUGUGCUGUGCUCGGCGACUAUGCCAAGUAUCAGAACUGGAGGGUGUACGACCUCUCUGUGAUCAAAGGCUCCCAGCUAUCAGCAAAGACUAUGGAUGGUUCUCUCUGUUCGAUCCUGGUGUGUUCGGUGGUCUCAGCAGGGUUUCUGGACUCUGUGAUUUGGGUGGAAGGGAAAGGGAAAGUCAAGGGGAAGAUGGAGUCUUUCAAAGGAAAGGAUGCCUCUCUUCUCAUGGUGUGUCCUCUGGAGGGCCCCUCAGAGUCUCGUACCCGGAGGACCAGGAGCAUCCGUUGUAUUUUCCCCCAGAAUAAGGGCAUCAGUUUCAACUUGACAGCCUCCCCAGAUGCCCUUCCUGCCCACUGUGUGGUCUCUGUGUCCUGGGAUAUCCAAAAGAUUCUGUUGCUGCUUUGUGUUCUGGGGCAGGGGGUUGCCAUCUUGGCCCUGGGAAUAGUUCUCUGGAGACGUUGGAACCAGUACAGAGAUGACUCUACUCAUUUCAAGCCAGAAACCCAAAUUUAUGAAAAUAUUCAUUUGGCCAUCCCCAGCCCACCUGCUCCCAGGACCAUGUGAUAUCUAUGAGAAGGGAUCUGGAGGUCUCCUUGGAAACCCAAGAUGAAAGGAAGCCCUGUUACCUCAUCAAAAACUUGGGGGCUUGGGAGAUUGUACUAUCAACCAUUCUUCUUGUCUCCUCUGGAGAGAGCUGUUGAAGGGAGGGAAGAGAGGGAAAAGGAUGUUUCAUAAAUGAAAUGAUGUUGUUAUUUGUCUCUUAGUGUACACCCAAGCCAGUCUCAACACGUCGGGGAAUGCUAUGCUGUGGUUACCUGGGAAGGGGAAGGCACAUAAUGCAGCAGUCAGGAGAUAAUAUUAAAGGACAGAAAGAAGGAGACUAAGGAGCAAAGGGAAGAAUAAAACUGAAGGAAAGAGAGGGGCCGGGAGAAGGAAAGACUGAGAGGGC